UAUGACCUGUGCCAAGUGUAACCACGGUUUCUGCUGGCGCUGUCUGAAACCCUGGAAACCAACACACAAAGAUUACUACAACUGCUCCGCCAUGGUGAGUAAAGCGGCGCGGCAGGAGAAGAAGUUCCAGGAUUACAACGAGAGGUGCACCUUCCACAACCAGGCCAAGGACUUCGCCAUCAACCUGGAGAACAAAGUGUCGUCCAUUAAUGAAGCUCUGCAGAUGAAGUCCCUGACCUUCGUUAUCGACGCCUGUAAAGUCCUCGCUCAGGCUCGUAAGGUGCUGGCCUACUCCUGCGUCUACAGCUACUACAACCAGGAGACGGAGAAGAUGGACGUGAUGGAGCAGCAGACGGAGGCCCUGGACCUGCACACCAACGCCCUGCAGAUCCUGCUGGAGGAGACCCUGCUGCAGUGCACUGACCUGGCCUCCUGCGUCCGGCUGCUGAAACCGGAACAUCUCAACACCGGGCUGGAACUGAUCCGACGCAUCCAGGAGCGCCUGCUGGCCAUCCUGCAGCACUCGACCCAGGACUUCAGGGUCGGGUAUCAGUCCAAGAACGGCCAGGAACCAGAAUCUACUGAGGCCUCCAACCUGUCCAACCACACCGAUGCCAACAAAGUGUCGAAGUCGGAGCGAGCGUCGGACUCCGGUGAGUCGGACAACAACAACAACACGGGGGAGGAGGGCGGCGAGGAAGCGGAGGAGGAGGACGACGAGUAUGAUGAAGAGUACGUCCCCGAGUGGCACGAGGACUACGACGAGGACGACAUCGACGAGGACGACUUCUUCUCCGACGACGAUGAGUCCGAGAACCUGGAGAGGGACUUCAGCCCCUUCGACUGAACCCGACGGAAAAACAAAAAGCUCCCAGAGAGAGAGGACGAGUCGGGCCCCGCCCCCUCCUCACGACCAUCCGACGCCAACAGAGAACGUCAGGACGGACGGGAGACGAUCAGAGGGACGUCCUCCUUCACCUGAACCCCUCCCCCCAUGCACAGCUGCACUCGCUUUUCCACUUCCUGUAUUUUACCUUCUGUGUUUUCAUAAAGUACGGAAAGAGAUGAGGGACAAAAAAAAGAGUUCUGUGUUUAAUAUUUCAGUUCUUAGAGCAAAAUGAGGCUCCAGAGACGACAAUCUUAGUUUAGCCUUUAAAUUAGGAGAAUUAAUCAGUAACAAGUUUUCUGUUACAGCUGGAAUCUGGUCUGAAACCAGUUUAAAAAAGAAGUUCAAAUCUGGUUUCAAACCUGUAUAAAAUUAGACCAGUUUGAAACGAGUUCACAUCUGCUUUGAAAACUUCCUAAAUUAAACCAGUUUGAAACUAGUCUGAAACCAGUUUGAAAUUAUUUCAAAUCUGGGAUGAAACCUGAAUAAAUUAAACCAGUUUGAAACUAGUCUGAAACCAGUUUGAAAUUAUUUCAAAUCUGGGAUGAAACCUGAAUAAAUUAAACCAGUUUGAAACUAGUCUGAAACCAGUUUGAAAUUAUUUCAAAUCUGGGAUGAAACCUGAAUAAAUUAAACCAGUUUGAAACUAGUCUGAAACCAGUUUGAAAUUAUUUCAAAUCUGGGAUGAAACCUGAAUAAAUUAAACCAGUUUGAAACUAGUCUGAAACCAGUUUGAAAUUAUUUCAAAUCUGGGAUGAAACCUGAAUAAAUUAAACCAGUUUGAAACUAGUCUGAAACCAGUUUGAAAUUAUUUCAAAUCUGGGAUGAAACCUGAAUAAAUUAAACCAGUUUGAAACUAGUCUGAAACCAGUUUGAAAUUAUUUCAAAUCUGGGAUGAAACCUGAAUAAAUUAAACCAGUUUGAAACUAGUCUGAAACCAGUUUGAAAUUAUUUCAAAUCUGGGAUGAAACCUGAAUAAAUUAAACCAGUUUGAAACUAGUCUGAAACCAGUUUGAAAUUAUUUCAAAUCUGGGAUGAAACCUGAAUAAAUUAAACCAGUUUGAAACUAGUCUGAAACCAGUUUGAAAUUAUUUCAAAUCUGGGAUGAAACCUGAAUAAAUUAAACCAGUUUGAAACUAGUCUGAAACCAGUUUAAAACGAGUUCAGGUGUUUCUUGAAACGCGUUUAAAAUCUGAUUUCAGUAAAGUCUGAAAUCCAGUUUGAAACCUUUUAGUCAGAACGUCGCCUUUCAUCUAAGAACCCUUAUUUCAGUUCAGGCUUAAAUUCUCCGACUCUGAUUUUAUGAUUCAGACUUUAAUCUCAGAACUGUUUUUCGUCCCGAAGUCUCUUCCGUACUGACCCGCCGGGCUCUGUCCUGGUUGUGGACCUCGGUGGUGUUGGUGUCGCUUCUGUCCGACAGCGAUGAAGGAUCCUCUCCUGAGGAGGAAGUCUGUUAGUUCGUGAUCUUUCACAGAACAAAAUGUUAGUUUGUUUCCUGCUGCUGCUUUUUGGAUUAAAAAAAGAAAACCAAGAGAAAAAGGGAUUAGUUAUCCGGAGACUGUUAGUUCACAUGUCAUCUUUUUGUACCCGAUGUAAUCUGAGUUAACCCUUAAAGUAUCUCUGUUCAUCCUUUCAUCACACGUUCUGCCUUCGUUCUUUUUGACGAUGGAGGUUGCCUUCAUUUGAGAGUAAAGUGUAACUGAUUAAAAACGCUUCCUCUGUAACUGAUUUAGAUUCACUCACAGAUAUAAAGAAGUGUGUUUACAUGUUUGUAGAGGUGGAUGUUUCUGAAGAGAGGUUCUGGCGGGCUGAGCCGAAGGUGCAUUUUAUGACUAAAGCCUGAACCCAGAGUUUCUACAAACCACCAGUCGGUCCAGGUUCGGCCUCUGGGACCCGGUGGUCAUGUGUUAGCGGUGGUUUACAUCAGUUAAGUCCUAUUUUAACGCUCUUACUACUCACAGAUGACCCAGAACAGCUGUAACGCCCUUUAAAGAAGUGGAUUAAACGUGUUCGAUGUGACUGAGCAGCUCUCUGUUUUCACUCUGGGGCGCCACCUUCAGGUAUAAAAGUCCAUCUUCAGCUUCCGCUGGCCUUCGAGCAGCCGCUCAGCUCAUCCUGUCUGAAACGGCCCGUCUGAAAGAAGCGGACGAAGCCGCUUUGAAGCCUCCAGUUUGGCAUCUUGGUCGUCACUGGGUUUUUUUUUGUUUGUUUUUUUCUGGAGCCAGACGUGACCAUAUUUGGACGAGAGGGAGGAGCUAGCCAGGUGCAUCCGUAAUUCACGUUAACUGUGAUAUUAGCCGGGAUGCUAACUGUGGCUAGUGACAGACAAAAUGUAAAAGUGAAACACAACAACACAACUUAAAUAAACACUGUGCAGCGGAUACGAGUCGCCUCUAUCCGGCAUGUCAGCUUGUAGCCCCGCCCUAAAGCCUCCCCUGCUUCCUGGUUCCUCUAAAUGGGACCAUAAUUUACUAAAUGAACAUCACGCUGUGUUGUCAGAGGCCGCUUUGUGAACCCCGACGUAUCUGAACCUGGUUCCUGUACCAACGUACUCGAUCUUCAUAAACGAGGCCGGGAGAACGUCGGCGUCUGCUUCCUCGUGAGAGGGCGGGGACGGAGGCUCGGCUGGGCAGGAGGGCAGAGCGCCAUCUUCUCCAUCAUCUGCUGAGGGAGGAGCCAGAACGAGUUCAUCAAUAGCCAGCAAAUAAUUAUCUUUAAUGGGAGGAAAAUGCUCUUUGGCAGAUCCUCUGAUUGUAACGAUGGGGUCAGGGGUCAGGUGGAGACCUUUGUAGUUUAGUCAUGAAAUGCACCGUCUGCCCGCCACGAGCUGCACAUUCUGACAUCAGCCUCUGAAGUAUCACUGCAAUAACUGAUCGACGGUUUAUCAGCUCACCGUCGCUCUGUCUGCCGAGCGAAGACUCGUCACCUGCUCGGCCUUCGAAAGGUCGCGGGAGGAGGUUUUUCUCUGCAGGAGUGGAGGCGCGUCUGACGCUCCGGCUCCCUGCUGUGCUCUAACUCUGACAGAUCCUAUAUUGAUAAUGUUGAUGUUCUAUAAUGUUCUCUGGUUCCUUCAGCUGGAGUCGAGCGACUUCAGCCGGCAAACUAAAUAAAAAGCUUUUUCUGCUACGCUG